AUGUCGCUAGACGGAUCAGGACUAGGAGGGAUUGCUAUGGCGGAGGCUUACACGGCGAGGAAGUUUCACAGAGAGAACAUGAAGAUUUUAACGGCAAACGCAGCCACAACCGUCGGUGGUAGAGUCGAAGAGAACGGUGGAGGAUAUAGCCGGUGGUUCUUCGGGAAGCUGAGCACCAAGAAAACCUCGGCUAAAGUCUGUGAUCUUAUAACUAUAGAAUAA